ACUCUAGCAUAUCCUAAUUUGGGAACAAUCCCAGGCAAUAGUCUCUGUAAUGCUCAUACCAAAGUCAUCAUUGAUCUUGCAUAGUGAAUAUGACACUAGGGCUCAUUACAACAAGGACUCACUGUUGAUUAUUCCGUCGGGUCAGAAUGGGAAAGAAGUCGACAGACAUUGAAAAUGGGGGUAUUAAUAGGCAUGAGGAGUUGGAGCAGCCUUUCAUUCAGCCAAAGAGAGUUGUUGCUCAUGAAGAUGGUGACAGCGGGAAUACUAUCAAAAAUGGAUCAAUUGGGAUGGUUUUGCUUAGCACAGGCGUUGCAGUUUGCGGCUCUUUCCAAUUUGGAAUAUGUGUGGGCUAUUCAGCACCCAGUCAAUCUGCUAUCAGGAAAGAUCUUCGUCUCUCUAUAACUGAGUAUUCCAUGUUUGGCUCUAUCCUAUCAAUUGGUGCAGUGUUGGGUGCUUUUACAAGUGGUAAGAUUGCAGAUUCUCUCGGCCGAAAAGGGGCAAUGAGGGUGUCUUCUGUCAUUUGCACUGCAGGAUGGCUAGCCAUCUACUUCGCUCAGGGAGCUACAUUACUUGAUAUAGGGAGGUUUCUAACUGGUUAUGGAAUUUCAUCUUUCUCGUAUGUGGUCCCAGUAUUUAUAGCCGAAAUAGCGCCCAAAAAUCUCCGUGGAGGGCUUGCAACAUUGAAUCAGCUCUUCAUUAUCCUUGGAGCAUCGUUUACGUUCAUAAUAGGAACAAUCUUAUCCUGGAGAACAUUAUCUCUAAUCGCAAUUUUGCCUUGCAUUAUCCUGGUUUUGGGUCAAUGGUUUAUUCCAGAGUCACCUAGAUGGCUGGCAAAGGUUGGCCGAGAGGAAGAAUUUGAAGUUGCACUACAGAGGCUCCAUGGAAAAGAUGCUGAUGUAUCUGGUGAAAAGGCGGAAAUUCAAGAAUACAUAGUUACUUCACAAAGUCUUCCGAAAGCCAAUAUCUUGGAUUUGUUUCAAAGAAGAUAUAUUCGAUCUGUCAUAAUUGGGGUUGGAUUAAUGGUGUUUCAACAAUUUGCUGGUAUCAACGGAGUACAAUUUUAUGCAAGCGAAACCUUUGAAGCAGCUGGAUUUUCAGGCAGUAUUGGAACCACAGCUUAUGCAUGUCUUCAGGUCCCAAUCACUCUAUUAGGAGCAUUUCUAAUGGAUAAGUCAGGAAGGAGAGUUCUCGUAAUGGUUUCAGCAGCUGGAAUGUUCAUAGGCUCUAUUCUUGUUGGAAUUUCUUUCUCUCUGAAGGGAGAUGGUUUGCUACUGGAUUGGGUACCGAUACUUGCUGUGUCCGGUGUGCUGGUUUACGUUGCAUUUUUUUCGAUUGGUAUGGGAGCAGGACCUUGGGUGAUAAUGUCCGAGAUUUUCCCAAUUAAUGUGAAGGGAGUGGGUGGAAGCUUGGUGGUGUUUGUGAACUGGUCUGGUGCUUGGGUAGUUUCCUAUACUUACAACUCUCUUAUGAACUGGAGUUCCUCAGGAACAUACUACCUGUAUGGUGCCGUCUGUGUCUUGACAAUCCUAUUUGUGGCCAAGGUAGUACCAGAGACCAAAGGAAAAACACUAGAAGAAAUUCAAGCAUCACUCAAUCCAUGAAAAACAAAUAGAUAUAGAAGAGGACAAGAGAUAUAUGAUGAACGAUUUAUGACAUUUAGAAGUUUCAGGUCAGGGAAAUUGAUUGAAGAUCCCAUGCAACCCAUACCAUACAUUGUAUAUCAAAUUCUUUGGUCUUUCAAAUAUGCUUGUAUUCAUGUUGAUUGGACAUGGUGGAUAACUGCUUUUGUACAAGCUAUAAUGAAGAGUUAUGCUUUAGCU